GAGUGAAUUGAAUGCUAUUGUUUCCAUAGCAACGAAUUGUUUGAGCAUUCGUAAAAAAAAUCUAAACAAUAAUAAACUGUUAGUAAAGUUGUAUUCCAAAUUUUUGUAAAGUCGCAUAAGUAGAUGUACAACAAAUUAUCUUAAUGGCACACAAAUGGAAUCAUAAUUUUCCAAAAAUCGCUCGCGAAGCAGGAUUCAUUAUCAAAGAACUUUCCGUGGGACACUGCAUUGAUUGGCGAUUCAUUGCAUCUAUCGAUCCUUACGCUAUCGUUGGCGACAAAGACUAUGAAAAACUGGACGAAUUUAUCCCACAUAUUGCGGAAGUGCCUAUUGGUACGGUGUUAAAUAAUCGAAUACUUGAUCCUGCUAUAGGAAAGUAUUUCAUCCUAGCCCAGUUCAGCAUACAAUAUUUGUUAUUCUGCAAGCAGUUUCUGGAUGAAACUGUUGUGGAAAUAAGAAAUACAGCGCAAGACAUACAUAAGGAGAAUAAUCGUCUAGAGAAAAUCUGUCGCAAGAAAAACGAAGAAAUUGUUUCGUUGCAUCGGAAGUUACAGAGGGCUGAGAUCACUCAUGCACAACAAAUGGUAUAUCCCUGUAUAAAGUGUACGAAGAAUUUCAUUAGCUCAGAUCUGCUGAACGCUCAUAUGGCAAGGAAACAUGCUGAGGCGCUCUCAAGCGGUGCUGCUGUAGGAGAGUCAAAAUCAACCGGACGCAAGCUAUCUGAAACGGAUUCCAACCUAAUAAAUACUAUUAAGCUCGAGUUGGAGGUAAAACAGCUAAAGGAACGAUUGAACGCCACGGAGAAAGAUCUAUUGGAUCAGCGUGGGCGAGAGCAUUGGUGCCACGUCUGUCUCGAUGAGCGAGCUAAAGAUAAGGAGAAGAAAACGAGAUUGGUUGAAUACUGCAGCGUUGCUAUCCAAAGCAAUCUUGAAGAUACGAAGGAUGUCAACGAGAAGGAAGUUCAGACAAACGUGAGCAGCAAGGCGGAUACUUCACCUAGGAUUUCACCGUUUGCAAGAUCCACCCCAUCACCAACUCUACCAGCGCUUCCUCCAGUACUGCAUCCUGCACUGUUAGCUCAGCCAUGUGUACCACUGGACUAUAUCUCCAAGUCUGAGCUUGAAACGAUUGUACGCGAACAAAAUGAACAAUUCGAGAGUUGGAAGACAGCUGAGCGCUUGAAGUUCAACAACGAAAUCGAGAAGGUCCGUCAAAGUCUAACCGAAGCGAUAAAGGAAUUGGAAAAUCGUGAUCGAUUAACAACUACCGCUAGCGUUCCACAACAGCCUUGUGUAGAGAUCGUUAGUAGUGGAGAUGAUGAACAUAUUUGGAGAAAAAGAUAUCGAGAGUUGGAAGAAAUGUAUGAAAAUAGUCAGCGACAAGUUAGGGAGACAGUUCAUACUAUCGAAUCGGCUUACGAGGAAAAGUUCAGGCGGAUAGAACAAAUGAUGGCGCUACAGAGCAAAGAAGCAACACAAGCUCUCACUCAAGAUAGCGAAAAUGUUGCUGUUGCUAGCAGUAAAAUGUCUAGCGAUAAUUUUUUGCUGCAAGUUCCAGUUCCGAAAAUCGAUUUUAAGGUAUCUUAUCCCACAACUCAGACUAAAGCUAAAGACGAAUUUGAAAUGAAUGAUAUCGUAUCACAUGAGGAUAUAGCUUCAAAUGAUGACCAGUCUGAAAGCGAUGAAGAAAUCCGAGCUUUGGAAGCUACAAAAACAAAAAUAUUUGAACAAACUAUUGCUGCUCCCCCGGUUGUAAAUCUUAAAGACAAUGUCUCAGAGAAACCUCUGAUUUCACCGAAAAGGCAAAUAUUGAACACUUUCAAGACACGAUUGAAACAAUUGGGCAUCGACUCCAAGACAAAAGCUAUAUCUAAAGAAGAUCUCAAUGCUGCAACGGAAUCUUUAGCGAAACGAAGAGAUGUUAAUAAAAAGAGAAAUCGUGGAUUCUUUAUAACUAGGAAUCAGUUACUGACGAAAGUAGAUGAAAUAGCAAAAACUCGUAUGGGUGUAGCGCCGAAGGUAAGGACUUUCCACAAAUCGAAUGAUCAACCAGUUAUCAAAAAGCAAGAAAAACAACCUCAGCCCAUUCCGAAGCUGAGAUCAACAUUCAAUAUCUCUGAGAAGCAUCCGGUUAUCGAUUUAUUGCCAUCAAAAUUGAAAUUGGCCGUUGAAAGUCCCAUAAAACCAGACCAGUCCAGCCCGGCAUCGAACUUAUUCAAGAUUAAAUCCGUAUCGUCUCGGCAUUCCGUACCGGAUGUGAAGCUAAUAAGUGACGACGUUAUUACAGUCCAGGCGGAUAUUAACCCCAUUGCAGAAGCCUUAUCGCGAAGCCCAGUUAUUUCGGACACAAUUCCACAUCACAUGUCGGAGUACGAUCAACAUUUGGAACGUUUGCUGGACACCCCCACGAAACGCCCAUCUACACCUCCGGAUGUGAUUACCGUGGCUGGUAGGUCUGAUCGUCCUGUGAUGGAAAACGAUUCCGAUCUGAGUGAUAUUCUUGAGAUCGUUCCGCAACAACCGAAGCCAAUUCCAAAGAAACGCGUUUUGUUCAAUUUGGAGCGGGAUAGCGGCGAAGAAGUUCGAAAAACGGAGCCUUCACAGAUUGGUCCGACACUAUCGUCCACCGUAAUUCGAGUUUCAAGAGUUGAAGAAGAUUCCGACUGGAAUAUUAGUAGCUUUGAUGAAGAAAAGUAAAUUGAAAUAAAAUUAGAUGAUAGUUUGUCAUCUGGAAGGUAAUCCUGUUUGAUUUAGAUACAUUGAAUCACUUGAUAGGACUAUUAUUCGAUUUUUAUGCAAACGAAUCAACAAUUUUAUUCAUUGCAAAAAUGUCCAGUAGUGCAAUAGAAUAAAAUAAGGUUAAUUGAACGAGUAUAGUUCUACUAUUAUACACGUAGAUCAACCCAAACGUUGCCUUUUCCCGAUGCACACUUGGGUCCUUUUAACAUCACGUACACGCAACGUUAAAAUCACGCUACGUGGACAUCGGGCCUAACUGGACUAAUAAUUAGGUGGGGCGUUCGCUAACUGUGAACUAGAAUAUCAUAAUCGAAAAAUAAUCAUGCAUUUGGUUGACUUUCCAUCCCAAGAAUUCAAUAACAGAGGAAUGCUUUCAGGAAAUUAGGUUAAGAGUUUGCUAUAAGUCAAAGCGAAAAGCCUGGAACUUU